GCCACAAGAACUCGAACCGAACACAUUUUUUUCUUCUUUAUUCUUCAUCGGAAAAAAAGCGAUACACACGGAAAACCUGGCCACCAUUCAUUCACCGUAUACCGAGGCGAGAAGCAAAGGCCAAUCCGCCAGUACCCGCGCAGUAACCAGAAAAGCGUGGUUCAAAAUUCUUUUUUUUUAACGCCAUAAAAAAAAUAUUUAAGUUAAUUAUUUAAUUUUGUUGUUGAAUGAGAACCGCAGCCGUAGGCUUUUAUAUUAUUAUGUUUGUUUGUGUGUGUGACUUUGUGCGUGUGCAACGGUGAAAAAAUAGUACAUCUAUUUGCAUUUUGCAUUCGUGUGUGUGCCAGUGCGUGUGUGUGUGUGUUUGUGAGCCACGUGAAGGUAAAGGCGCGCCAACAACACCAAUUGACAGCGAGGAAAGAACGGUGGGGACAAGUCAGCGGACAGAGUCCGAAGGGCAGCGGGCGGCCAAAGGUAGAGAAAGUGCGAAAGAGAGAGAGAGAGAGAGGGAGAGAGACAGGACAGUGUUGGGCAGAGCAAAAACUGAAAACGAAACUGAACAGAAAGUGAAAAUUUGCCUAACGUUGAAAAGUGAAACAGAAGGAGAAGGGUGGAAUCCUUCAUUGUAAAACUGUUGAAUAUAGAAUGACGUUGCAGAGAGAAAUUAAUGUGGAAAAUAGCAAAAAAGCAACAGUAGCGGAACCACCAGCACGAUUAACUAUAAGCCUAUCGUCAGCGUCAGCAGCGAGCGAAGGAACUGUAGCAGCAGCAGGAGCAGCGAGAACAACAGAAGAAGCAACAGCAACAUCAAGAAGCUCACCACGCAAGCAGAGAUAAAGAGAAGGAGGCCAGGACAGGACAGAACAGGACAGGAGAGCAGUAGCAGGCGAAAAGAAGCAGUGGGAGAACUAGUGGGGAAACACUAAAGGGAGAACAAGAGGAUAUAUAUAUGUAUAUAUGAAGAGCUACAGCCAGAACCGGAAGAAGUGAAAGAGAAGCCUACGGAAAUCCCAGAAGAAACAGCGCUGGCAGCAGAAGAUCAGCAGCACAGCCAACGUCAACGUCAGCGUCAGCGUCAAGUGCAACAGCGAGCGAAACACGUCACGAACAAAAACAACAAAAAUUAGCACCUAUCACUGCUUGCUCUUUACCGUUCGAUUGCUGGUGCUGUUGCUGGGUCAAAGCAGUUGUACGCAUCGCAUCUGAUAACUGUUAAACAUUUGGCUAGCGGCGCUGGAAGGGAGGGAAGCAAGAAGAACGAAAUGAAGCCAUCGGAUUUGUUGUUGGUGCUAGAGAAGGUCAAGUUCAGGGUGCCAUUGCCGCCUGGCGUCAGCUCGACGACGCUUCUGCCGAAGCUCAUACGCACCAAGGAUGUGAGGCAGCUGCAGGACGGCAAUGCACAGCCACAGAAGCCUAAGCUGACGAAAUGUCUCAACACUUUGGACCUGACCUCGCUCGGCAUUGGCUCCUGCUGUGGCACUGGCAUGUAUCUGGUCGCCGGCAUGGUGGCCCAGAAGAUAGCCGGACCCGGUGUGAUUAUUAGUUUUAUUAUAGCUGCCAUAGCGAGUAUUUUCUCAGGCGCCUGCUAUGCGGAGUUUGGCGUUCGUGUGCCACACACAUCCGGCUCGGCCUAUAUGUAUUCAUAUGUGGCAGUUGGAGAAUUUGUAGCUUUUAUAAUUGGUUGGAACAUGAUAUUGGAAUAUCUAAUAGGAACAAGUGCCUGUGCCUGUGCUUUAAGUUCUAGCUUCGAUUCCCUGACUGGCAAUGCCAUUGCGCGUACGAUAAGCGAGUCCAUCGGCACGAUAUUCGGCAAACCACCGGACUUUAUAGCCUUUGGCAUAACGCUCCUCAUGACCUGCGUAUUGGCGAUGGGCGCCAGCAAGUCGGUCAUAUUUAACCAUUCCCUGAAUGCCGUCAAUCUGGCCACGUGGGUCUUUGUCAUGGCUGCCGGCCUUUUCUAUGUGGACACGAAGACGUGGUCGGAGCAUCAGGGCUUCCUGCCCUAUGGCUGGAGUGGUGUGUUUUCCGGUGCCGCCACAUGUUUCUAUGCAUUUAUCGGGUUCGACAUAAUUGCAACAACCGGAGAGGAGGCGCAUAAUCCGCAGAAGAGCAUACCGAAGGCAAUAGUGGGCUCCCUGGUUGUGGUUCUGAUUGCCUAUGUCAGCGUCAGCCUAGUCCUUACUCUAGUGGUUCCCUAUGACCACAUCAACACGGGAGCGGCCCUGGUCCAGAUGUGGUCGUAUGUGAACGCCCCAAAAUGCCGGGCGGUGGUGGCCAUUGGGGCUACGGCUGGCUUGUCCGUGGCAAUGUUCGGCUCAAUGUUUCCGAUGCCGCGCGUCAUUUAUGCCAUGGCCCAGGAUGGACUGAUUUUCAGGCAACUCUCACAGCUGUGGCAGCGCACCAAUGUGCCCGGUCUGGCCACUAUUGGCAGUGGAGUGGCUGCGGCCCUGGUCGCCCUCACCAUUCGCCUGGAGAUUCUCGUUGAGAUGAUGUCCAUCGGCACCCUGCUGGCGUAUACCCUGGUCUCGACCUGUGUCCUGGUGCUGCGCUACCAGCCGCACAGCACCUCGUUGGUGGAGCUGUUGCCGGCACAGCUGCGGACUCCGGUGGCCCCGGGUACGGCCAGCGAUUCGCAUGCGACGCCCGCCGAGGUGCUGGAGGUGCCCAAUAAGCUGACCAUCAAGCGGGUGACGCGCGGCAUGUCCGACUCGGAUGACUCGUUCAUCGACGACAGCCCCGAGGGCUAUCUGGGGGGGCGGGACGACCAGUUCCUGGUGUCGGAUCGCUCCGAGAACAAGUUCUAUGGCAGCGUACAUGGGGCACCCACCGGACCCACCGGCCAGGCCACUGCCUUCGACACGAUGGGCCUGAACUUCAUCACGCGGAAGAUCCACGACUAUGCCUACCUGUGCCCCGGCUUCUUUCCCUGGAUCAAUCCCGGCCAGGCCACCACCGAUAGUGGCAUGUAUGUCACGAAACUAGUUGGAAUCAUGUUCGGUCUCAUAUUCUUCUUGGAUUUGUUCGCGGCCAUUGGGUGGUCCGGUGGGCUAGCCGCCUUCAUUUAUUUCGUUUUGUUUAUCGGCAUAUUUGUGAUAUUAUUGAUUAUAUCGAGACAACCGCAGAAUAGAUAUGCACUGGCCUUUCUAACGCCCGGACUACCCUUCAUACCAGCCAUCGCGAUCACCGUAAACAUAUAUCUGAUAUUCAAGCUAAGCAUCCUGACCCUGGUCCGGUUUACCGUCUGGAUGUCCCUCGGCCUUAUCAUGUACUUCUAUUACGGAAUCACGCACAGCAGCAUGGAGCAGGCCAGCGAUGAUCUCGAGUUGCAUGUGGACAAGGACUAUAGCAAAAACGUUGAGGAGAAGGCUGUCUGGGAUCAGCAAUCGUAUAAUCAAACCCACGAGCCUGUCUGGGCCAGCAAGGAGGUGAAGCAGCCAUCGAAGCAACGCUACAACUACGGAAAGUCUUCGUCGUCUGCUCAGAGCAGCUCCAGCUCCAAAAAUGCCCAAGGCAAUGUGGCGACAAAGCCCCUAGGCCCAGGCCGCAGCUCGACGGGCACACGGCCAGUGGCGCCAUCGCCAUCGCCGCACACAGGCGCGGGUCAGGCGAAGGGAUCUGGACCGGGAACGGGAACGGGAAAGGGAGGACCGCCCAUGGAGCGUCAAUAUACCGGGCAGUUUAGCAUGUUUGUGGACGAGGGUCAAUUCCCGUCGUGGGAGGACUAA